AUGCUGACGCAGCAGCAGGAACUGUGGGAAACAGUCGCAGAGGAGGAUUCCAAGCUCCGACCACGGUCUCCUGCUUGCAUUCGAACCCUAUCUGUCGGAAUGAGACGAGCGAGCGUGGCCGGAUUCUACCGAACAGCUUCGUCUUCGCAACUGCAACAUCAUCAAUUAGGAGUGGGAGGUUCCCCUUCUCAUCUGUACAUGAGCCUUGGUCUCUCUCCUGCUUCGUCCAUGGAAAGCCUGAACCUGCGACGGGCUGUCGCACUGAAGAGGAUCAAAGCUACUCCAGGUCACGCCGAUUCCGACAAUGAAGACGAGGAAGGAGGGCGGUCUUUUCGUGGGAUAAUGAAAUCCCGGAGUUCCGUCGCCCUGAUUAAACGCGAAGACAGCAAUGACAAACUCGUAACAUCCAGCGAACCCCCUCGUGUUAGAGCUCAGCUGCAAAGAGAAGGCAGUGUGGAGUCAACAAAAAUAACUCCAGACGACCCCUCUCGGAGGCAGGAUGAUAUGGGAGGGGAAGAAGGGGAGGAAUAUUUCCUUUCCAUUUCUUCUGAAUCAGACUUCCACGAACCAGGGCUUAUGGACAUGAAUGAGUCAGAGGAUGAGACUAGUGACGAUUGGGAUGAACCACUUAGGAAUCAACUGGAUUCCAACACUUACCUCGCCUCUCUUGUCCAGAUUCUCCUAUUUCUCAGGUCGGUGAGAGAGGGUUUCAAAGAGAGAUGGAAAUAUGUGAGGGAUGUGGGAUUCCCGUGGGAAUUGAAGGUGACGACCUUGGGCUUGAGAUACUUUGCUGCUUGCCUCCUCCUCUUAUCUGCUUUCCUCGUUCUCAUCUUCAAUGGCUUCUGAGCUGGAUAAUAUCCCUCUAUUCCGUGUCUUGCAACUGGAAAUCGAACUCAUUAUCAACGACCAUCAACAAAAACUCCUCAGCACGAUUUGUUUCCCCAUCUUGGACGGCAGGUCUUGAAUAUUCUUCUUACACCCCUCCCC